GACUCCCACGUGGCUGAAGGGCCUGGUGAAGGGCACGGGCACCUCCGAGGAGAAGAGGUCGUCGGUUGCGUCAGGGGUGGACCAGAGCCCGGCAAAUCGAAAAGUGGACGAGGCCAAGUGGGCGUGCACUACGUUGCUGCAGUUCUCCUGUGGCAGUCAGGCCUCCCCGCUGUUUCGGCCGCUGGGGGGCUCCUGGUCCGUGAUCUACGAGGCGCUGGCGCGGCACCCGGCGCCCGUGCCCCCGGCGGCCUCCGCGGCCCUGCGCGCGGCCGCGGAGUUCGUGCAGGGCGCCAAGUCCCGGGAGCUGCGGCUGCAGUUUGCGCUCCUCGUGCACACAGACGAGGCCGCCUUGUCGCGCUUCGUUGGCGACGUCGAGGGUGCGAUUGUGUUGCUGUGUAAGGCAGCGAGCAACUCGGACCCGCUGCUCAGUGAGGAGGGGCUCUUGGGGCAGUGGCGGAGUGACAUCGAGGCUUUCCGCCGCCGCUGCCGGGAGAUUUGGGAGCUCUAUAUGUACUUUGUCUUCCUGGAUGUAAAGGGGGACCGCGCGCUGCUGCGCAUGGUCUCCAGGCAACUGUUGAACCUUCUGGAGGUGACGCCGUCUGGUUUAGUGGCAAACCUCUCUCACACAGGCCCUUGGGCGCAGCCUGCUUUGCAGAUCCUGGCGAAGGGCAUGGGCGCAUCUCUGCUGGAGCGGCGCCACCGCCAGGCGCUGGAGGAGUGGCACAGCGCGGUGCAGGCGGCGACGGCCAAGGCCUGCGAGUCGGCGGCCGGCGCCAAAGGCGGGCGGGACCUGGGGGCUGAAUAA